UCUAAUGUCUCAUACAGUCAUACAACACCCAACACCUUCACAACUCUCUUAGUAAUUACCUUGCAUAAUCUUCUCUAUUAUUCUUCUUCCUUUCUCUUUACAUUUUCAACAACCAACCACCAACAACAACGAGAUGACAAAGAACGGAGAGCACUACUCGACCCUCGAGGUGGAAGGCGAGAGCAGUAGAGCACGCGAGGCCAAGGGGAAGAAUCCCGUCAUGGAGGUUCCAUUGAUUGGAAAAGACGUUGGACACGAUAGGGAUGGUGGCGCCGGGGUUAAGAGAGGGGUUAGUGUUAUUGAUUUUGUGGUGAGGUUGUUAGCUCUUACAGCUGCUCUUGCUGCUACGAUUAUUAUGGGUACUACUGAUCAAACUCUCCCUUUCUUCACCCAAUUCUUCCAAUUUCGUGCUAGAUAUUACGAUCUCCCUACGUUCACGUAUUUCGUGGUAGCUAAUGCUAUAGUAGCAGCAUAUCUGGUUCUUUCAAUGCCUUUCUCCAUUGUCACAAUUGUUAGGCCUCUUGUUAAGGCACCAAGGCUUAUACUAGUCAUCUUUGACACCAUCGCGUUGACUUUGACUAUCUCCGCUGCGGCAGCGGCUGCUGCUAUAGUAUCCUUGGCUCACAAAGGGAACACAAACACAAACUGGAUUGCAAUUUGCCAACAAUUUGACAAUUUUUGCCAGAGGUCUAGCGGAGCAGUGGUGGCAUCAUUUGUCACUGCAGUGAUUUUCGUAUUGCUGGUUAUUCUCUCUACCGUUGCUCUUAAGAGCCAUUAAUACAAGAAUUCGGAAAAUGGAAAUGUAUAUGUAAAAUGUAAUCGGUGGUUUUGCUUUUAUUGGUGUUGUUUUAUUUAGACUUGUUAUUGAGUGUAAUCACUAAUUAAUGUGAAUCAGUCAUAUUUGUGUUGGGAAAAGUUGUACAUGGAUUGGAGAUUUUAAGGUUUAAAUAUUGUAAGCACGCAUGAUUGCAUGAUGAGCUUUUAGCUUGUAUCAUUUACUAUUGUUAUAGUAAUGGAUAAUUUGUGAUUGCUUUGCACCUUUGGUACGGUCUUUGUAUCUUUCUUUUAAAUAUACUCCGUAAUUUGUAUGAAGGGAAAUUGU